AUGGCAAGCCAGGUUGUCAACUUUACUGUACCCCUCGACCAGGCGUUUGGGUAUGGCAUAGUUGUUGGUCUCGGUUUUGCUUUCGCCUUCUUGAUGAUGGCUACUACUUGGGCUUUAAAACGAUACCAGAAUGAAAUCCAGACGUCCGAAAUGUUUUCAACGGCAGGACGGUCAGUCAGGUCAGGCCUGGUGGCAGCCGCUGUGGUGAGCAGUUGGACGUGGCCUGCGACCUUACUUCAAUCAUCGACUGUCGCUUAUGAAUAUGGGGUUGCUGGUCCCUUCUACUACGCCGCAGGUGCCGGUGUCCAGAUUAUUCUUUUUGCAACAAUUGCUAUCGAGCUGAAAAGGCGCGCCCCCAAUGCACACACCUUUCUUGAGGCCCUCCGCGCUCGCUAUGGUCCAAUUACCCAUUGCGUCUUUAUCGUGUUUUGUCUCAUGACGAACAUCCUCGUUACGGCCAAUAUACUUACUGGAUGCUCUGCCGUUAUAUCUGCUCUUACUGGGAUGCAUACCGUGGCGGUCUGCUAUUUGCUUCCCAUUGGUGUCGUUCUCUACACGGUCUUUGGCGGCAUCAAGGCGACUUUCGUUACAGAUUAUCUGCAUACUAUCGCUGUUGUGACCAUCAUCUUCAUCUUCGCAUUUAAUCAGUAUGCAGUUGGUGACAAGGGCAAACUUGGGUCUCCAGGAAAAGUCUACGAUCUCUUAACUACGGCGGCGAAGGUCCAUCCGAUUGAGGGGAAUUCUCAGGGGAGCUAUCUGACGCUGAGGUCACAUGAAGGAGGCAUAUUCUUCGUUAUCAAUCUUAUUGGAAAUUUUGGCACUGUCUUUCUGGAUAACGGAUACUAUAAUAAAGCCAUCGCUGCGAGUCCCGUGCAUGCCUUUCCCGGACGUUACUGCUGGCCUUGCCCUGCCAUUUGCGGCUGUCGAAUUGCUAGGCUACAGUGGUGCUGUGGCAACCUUGAUCGUCGUCUUUAUGGCCGUGACUUCAGCGUUUUCAGCGCAGCUGAUUGCAGUGUCCUCUGUGUUCUUUUCGCUGCUGCCAUGGCCAGCUUUGCGACUGGUCUCUACUAUGCAGGUAUCGGCAUGGGCUACCUUUAUCUACUGAUGGGAGUCAUCAUUUCCUCUGCUGUCAUUCCCGGGGCCCUGAGUCUGCUUUGGAAACAACAAAAUUGGAUUGCUGCUGCUGCUUCGCCUCCCCUUGGUUUGAGCGUUGCCCUCAUCGCGUGGCUGGUCACCACCAAGUCCCUAUAUGGUGAACUUACCGUUACCAGCACCGGAGAGAUCUACCCUAUGCUUGCGGGUAACGUGGCAGCUUUGCUUAGUCCAGUCGUUUUCUCUGCGAUUCUCACCUAUGUCUUCGGCCCGCAGAACUACAAUUAUGAAAGCAUGCGCGCCAUUCGAAAAGUCGAUGACUCGGAUUUCGCGGACGCAGCACACGUGGAUCUUGAGCUCAUUCCUGGUGAGAUCACUAGCCCUUCGUCAGAAGAUAUGACCGCGGAAGAAGAGCGGAAACUCGCAAGAGCCGCGAUAUAUGCCCGUUUAUUAACGGUCUUCCUGGCAUUCGCAUACCUGAUCGUCUGGCCGAUGCCGAUGUAUGGCACCGGCUAUGUUUUCAGCAAGCGAUUCUUCACGGGAUGGGUGGUUGUGGGUAUUAUCUGGCUCUUCAUCACCUCUUUUGGUGUGAUCAUUUACCCGCUUUACGAGGGUCGUGACUCUAUCGCGCAUGUAGUCCGGCAAAUGUUCCUCGACAUUACUGGCAGGAGGAAGCCUGGAAAGGCUGUCUUCUAUAACCAUGGGACGGAUGUCCACGAUCAGAGCUCUUCAACCGGGGCGGCAACGCCCACAGAGAAGUUUGGAGAGAAAAGCUAG